ACUGCCUAUAGCUAUUUUUAAAAAUUGUCCAUUUUAAUGUGAAAGCUGAGCGGUGGUCUAUAUUGUGUGGUCAAACGAGCGAACAUUGAUCAGUUGAUCGAAGCUGCAUGAACGAUUAAGUAGUUGCUUUAGAAAAAUUUAGCAUAAAUAAGAGUUUUUGGUGGUAGUAAUAAUAAUUGCUUUGAAAAAUGCCUUCAGAAGAAAAAAACAUUGAAAAAAAUGGUUCAGCCGCACCAAAACCGAGUGGUGCCGAUAGUGCAGUCUUAAAAGUUGAAAAUGGUAAAAAUAUAAAAGUCAAAUAUACGACAAAAAGCAGUGGCACAGUCCUUUUGCCCAAUCGUGAUGUACCAUUGCCUACGAAAUUCAAUACUUCGGAUAAUAUACUCGAUCCGUUUUGUGAUCCUGCUAAACCACAAAAAAUAUCUUUUCAUGAUGUUACUUCAGCGGCAUUUUUAAUUAGAGGCGGUGUUGAGAGAACGCCAUGUCCGCGUUCCACAUCCUCAGAUGCGUACGGCAUGGACUUGUAUUUGAAAAAAGACUUUCUGCAGGUUACUGGCAGCUUCAAAGAACGUGGUGCCCGCUAUGCGCUGCUCUGCCUCACCGAUCAGCAAAAGAAGACCGGAGUUAUAUCAGCAUCGCUAGGAAAUCAUGCGCAGGCGCUCAGUUAUCACGGCUGGAAGCUUGAUAUACCCGUUACAGUGGUUAUGCCAAAAGAAGCACCUAUUAUGAAAAUACAAAAAUGCCGCAAUUACAAAGCGAAUGUGGUUGUUGAGGGCAAGGAUAUGGCCGAAGCUAAGGCGCUCGCCAUGAAAAUGGCGCAAGACAGAGGACUGCUCUACAUCAACGGCUACGAUCAUCCACAAAUUAUGGCUGGACAGGGUACAAUUGGUUUGGAAAUAUUAGAGCAAGUACCCAAACCGGAUGCGGUGAUUAUACCAGUUGGUGGUGGUGGACUUAUAGCCGGCAUUGCAACGGCCAUUAAGGCAUUAUCGCCGGACACUAAAGUUAUUGGCGUUGAAUCAGAGAAAUGUCCCAGCUUUUCGAAUGCGAUGGAAAAUAAUGGACCCAUAUAUACACCACUAGAUAAUACGUUAGCCGACGGUUUGGCUGUGCCCAAGGUGGGCUACAAUGCUUAUGUAACCGCCUUGCCACUCAUCGAUAAGAUGGUAGUUGUGAAAGAGGAGUGGAUUGCUUUGGCCAUUUUACGUUUGGUGGAAGAGGAGAAGUGUGUGGUGGAAGGUGCCGGUGCUGCUGGAUUGGCUGCUAUACUAGCGGGACAUUUGAAUGAACUGCGGGGCAAAAAAGUGGUUAUACUUUUAUGCGGUGGAAAUAUCGAUACAACUGUGUUUGGACGCUGCCUGGAGCGUGGACUUGCUGCGGAGGGACGCUUGGUGAAAUUCUGUGCAGAGGUUAGCGAUCGCCCUGGUGGUAUCUAUGAACUCUGUGAUAUGCUCUCACAAUUGGGUGUCUCUAUCAAGGAUAUAAUGCAUGAACGCGCUUGGCUAAAGGAUAUUCAUAGAGUAGAGGUGAAAGUAAUUUGUGAGACCCGUGAUUGGGCACAUAGCAUGGAACUGAAAAAUAAGUUGAAGAAUCAUUACGCGAAUGUAGAGUUCUCGGAGGAACCUUUGGCCAUACAUCACAAUGCAGUUAUAUAAUUAAAUCUUAACUUAAAAUUACAUAUUUGUACAUAUCGACCCAUUUGCGCGAAAUUAGCGUAUGUAUGUAUGUGGCAUUUUUUCGAAAUCGACUUUUUGAUGCAAAUUUAUUUUUACACCACACAACGUAUCAGCCGGUAAAAUAUUGCAGCUUCUUAAUAAAAUCUCUUUCGUUGCGCCGAAAAUUUACUGUA